AUGCUGCCAUAUCUAUAUUCAAGGUUCACUUUAAUACCUACAACGAGUCGCAAUGUUGCUCGGCGGUUCUUUACAUUCGAAGCCGGUGAUUUCUGCAUGUUGCGUGAGAUGCGUUCGAAUCGCAAGUACUUGAUCGGACCCCUUGAAGAAGGAAUGCAAAAGGAUCACAAAGGUGGACGUAUCAACCACGAAGACCUUAUGGGCAAACCAAUACGAUCGAUCGUUAGAACACACAAUGAUGCAUAUGGAUUUAUGUUGCAUAAGCCUACAUUGGAGGAGUACGUUCUCAAUGUACCACGAGCAUGUACGCCUGUGUAUACCAAGGAUGCUUCCAGUAUUGUACAAAUGUUGGAUAUCGAACCUGGGAAUCGAAUUCUGGAAGCUGGAACGGGGAAUGGUGCAUUGACCUUGUAUCUUGCACGUGCUGUGUCAUCACAAGGACGAGUGGAUACAUUUGAUAUUCGAGAAACACAUUCGAACGCAGCAAAGAAACAUGUUCAACGAUACGAUCGAGGGCGAUUCAAGGACGUUGUGUCAUUUCAUUUGGGUGAUGUGGCAGAUCAUGUAACACAGCUUGUGGAUAGCAACAACAAUGACAAGGAAAUCUUUGAUGGGAUCAUGCUGGACAUGCCCGAGCCAAACAAGACCAUUGAAUCACUCUUGCCUUAUUUAAGGAAUGAUCGAUUCAUUGUAUGUUAUCUUCCCAACAUGACACAAGUAUUGGAUUUGGUACAAGCGGCUCGAGGAUUACCGGUGAUGAUGGAAUCUUGUAUCGAGACUGAAUGGAAGGAAUGGGAUGUUCGAGCUACUCAUAUUCGUUCCACGGAUGAAACAGCCUGGAUAUGUCGACCCAAGAACUUCGAUGUCAAAGGACAUACGGCAUUCCUCACCAAGCUUAGGAAAACAGCAUAA